AUGGUAUCAUCGAACGAUAAAUAUGUUGAUCAUGCAUUAUUGGCAUGUCGAAUUCGACAAUAUUAUGCAACAGGUGAAACUCCAUUUUAUAUGAUAUAUGGCGUUGAAGUGAAAUUACCAGAUGAUGAACAAGUACCUAUUAUUAAUCACUUAGUUCAGCAACGUGAUAUUGUUCAUCAACGGCUAGAUUCAAAUCCUAUUAUGAUGAAAAUUUAUUACGAUCACCGCAUGGACACAAUUCAUAAAUCAAAUUUAAAACGAAUUCGAGAGAUUUUAUUGACAGAUAAUAAUGAAAUUGAUGAUAUCGAUGAUGGUCAAGAUUCGGAUUUGGAUAGCGAAUAUGAUCCUAUUGUUACUGAAUCAGAUGACACCAGGGCUGCCAAACCUCCUGGUUUUUUGACUUUUCUCCUGGUUAAAGAAUCUCCUGAUACUAGGAGCUGGUUUUUUAGAUUUUCUCCUGAUUUCUCCUGGUUUCUGAAUUUUCUUUUGAUUCCAGCUUUUAGCGACAUUUUGAAUCAGUAAAAUGAGAUAAACGAAAGAGAAAAAAGAAAGAAAAGAACAGAAAUAUCACACUAUUUGAUAAAUGCAAUAACCAAUAAGGAAACAUGUUAAUCUUGUUGUUAAUUAUAUAACAAAAGUAAAGAAUCAUUCAAUUGCUGCAAAUGAGUUCUACUGCAAGAACUU